AUGUUUAAUUUAAAGCUUAAUUUUAAGUUAUUACAAUGCUAUACAACUUGUUCAUUCUGGAGCCGUUCACAGUCAAGAGGUCAUAAAAAUGACAAAAAAUAUUUUUUAGAGGCUAUUAUUUUUAUUUUUCAGUGUGUUCCAGGGUGUUCCCGAUGGGAAUACGGUGUGUCCCUACAACAAAGUCCAGCUUUACAACCCUUUGUACAACACGAAUUUAAUUUGGAAAUUAGUUUCUACGAUUUACAAUAUGAACAUGUGAAGGAGGCAAAUUUAUUCUCAUCAAAUAAUUUUUUAUUUUCUGAUAUCCAGGUUUAUACAAUUUCUGUUCCCGGCUUUAUGUCGCAGAUUGGAGGCCAAUUUGGAUUUUUCCUAGGACUCUCAAUUAUUACAAUGAUACAAGUAAAUAACUAA